GAUCCUUCUCCGGAAUCGCUCGGGGAAGCAAAAUCCCUCAAAAAGAAAAAAAUGAGAAAACCCCACGAGAAGAGCCGUCGAUUGAAUGCUCGCGAAAGAAGAGCUUUCAAGGUCUAUGAUAUUCCAGCUGAAGCCCACAAAUAUGAUAUUUUCGUUCAAUUGAAUAAACUCUGGCAAGGGUAUAUGGCAGAAGUCUAUUCGCAGGGAGCAAAUCCUUCUCAAUUUGCACAGAAAUUGCUCAAAGCAGACUUUCACGGUGCGAUAUUCAAAGUCAUCAAAAGUAAGAAUCCAUCCUAUGUGGGCAUAGAGGGAAUAGUGGUUCAAGAGACUCUUAGUGUAUUCAAGAUUAUUUCCAAAAACAACAAAUUGCAACAAAUACCAAAGAUUAGCUCUGUGUUUACGAUGGAAAUGGAAUGUUGUCCGGGUGUCUUUACCUUGUAUGGUCCUCAACUUCAAUUUAGAGCGGCAGAUAGAGCCGUCAAGAAGUUCAAACCUAAGCCCAGUAUUGAUCUUUAG